AUGGAGGAGUCCGAGAAGGCAGCGCAUAUAUUCAAAGACAUAGCAGAUGAUGCCUUCAAUCUCCUAAUCUGCAAGGACUGUGACACGGUAGAUCCCAUCAUCCGGGAGUGCCAGCCUUUUGAGGGCGUCAAAAGCCACGGCUGGGCCGACGUCAGCUUUCACGGCUCUUCCCAGAUUCCGACGCCUAACCUGGACGCCCUGGCUGCAGACGGUGUCAUACUGAACAACUACUACGUAACGCCGUACUGCACGCCAUCGAGGGCCGCCUUAAUGACCGGACUUCACCCAAUACGCACAGGCAUGCAGGGCGUGCCUAUCGGUGUAUCUGAGCCAUGGGGGCUGCCGACGGACGUGCGUAUUCUGCCUCAGUAUUUGAAAGAGUUCGACUACGAGACACACCUGGUUGGAAAGUGGCACCUGGGAUCAUACAAGGAGAGUGUUACGCCAACCUGCCGGGGCUUCGACAGCUUUUAUGGCAUCUACCAGGGAUUAGGAGACUAUUAUUCGCACACCAUCAACUAUCAAAACCAUACAGGUCUCGACUUCUGGUUGAACAAGAAACCCGCGUGGUCAGACAUUGGGACUUACGCCACUUCGCUGUAUACGGAGAGGGCGCAGUUCAUCAUCAAAAACAGGACAAAGUCUAAGCCAUUGCUGCUUGUGGUGUCUCACCAGGCUGCACACUCGGCACUAGACACAGAUAUGCUGCAAGCACCACAGGAAAACAUCGCCAAGUUUCCGUACAUAGAAGAGAAGAACCGAACGAUAUACGCCGGCAUGGUGGACGCAUUGGAUCAGUCAGUCGGCCAAGUUGUCCAGGCAUUAAGCGACGCAGGAAUGCUGGAGAACACUGUAAUCGCCUUCAGUAGCGACAACGGCGGUGCUAUUUGGGGUAGCGAACGCUCUCGCGGUUUCAAUUGGCCGUUGCGGGGAGCAAAAGGCACAGUCUGGGAAGGUGGCACCAGGGUGGCCGCUUUCGUCUGGAGUCCCCUGCUUGCUCGGAGACGACGUGUGUACAACGAAUUAAUGCACAUCACCGACUGGUUGGCCACCUUCUACUCGCUUGCAGGAGGCGACGCUGCGAAGAUGGCGGAACUGGACGGAUUUGACAUGUGGCGGCCUUUGUCCUACGGCCUGCCUUCGCCUCGCGUUGAGUUGCUCUACAACUACGACUAUGCGUUCACCCACUCCGCGGCCCUGCGGAACUCUCGGUACAAAUUGGUGCUGGACGGCAACGGUGCAUUCGCCGAUCGCUACAACAUACCGGGAGGAACCCGUCCGUGCCACGAUCUUGACUCGUUGGUCGCCCAGUCGACCGUAGCCAGCGUUCUCAGGCACUUUUACAAAACGAAGAGUCUGAAUUUUCCCAAAGGUUGGAGACAAAAGGCGACCCUUACAUGUGGCAAUGUAGCAACCGCAAACUUUUCGUCUGACACAUCUGUAUACCUCUUCGAUGUCGUGGCGGAUCCUUGUGAGCUGAAUAACUUGGCCAGCAGGCUUCCAAACGUGGUGGCAUCGCUCAAGAAGCAUUUACACGAGUUUGGUGCAGCAGCCUUGCCUGUACGGAAUAUUAGGGCCAUUGAUCCUAAGAGCUUUCCUGAAAACCAUGGAGGAACUUGGGCGCCCUGGGUGCCAUCAGCGUGUCCGGAAUCGUGAAGACGCUGGAUCUUAUAAACGAAUGCUAAAUUACCAGCUGACGUUCGGACUAGCCUCAGUGCGGUGGGUGCUGCCUGAGGUAACACAUUAACUCCACU